UGUGUAAUUUGUAGAAUUAUGAUGGCCUCAAAGAAGCUUUUGUUUACGUUUCUCUCUCUUCUCAUUUUCUCUCUCCUUUCAGGGCAAGGAUCGGCUGGUCAUUUCCAUAUUCACCCCACCAAGCUCAUCGUCUUUGGAGAUUCCUACGUUGACACUGGCAACAUCAAUGUCAAUACUUCCGGUGCUCGGAACUUUCCUUAUGGAAUCACUUUUCCCGGCGUCCCUUCCGGUCGUUUCUCCGAUGGUCGUGUUUUGACUGAUUUCUUUGCAAAGUAUCUUGGGCUGAAGAAAUCUCCAACCCCAUUCAUUGCAUGGCAAAAAAUUGGAAACAAAAGACCGAAAUUUGGUAUCAACUUUGCUUUUGGUGGAACUGGCGUAUUCGAUACAUCAUUUCCUUUCCCAAAUAUGACAACUCAAAUAAACUUAUUCCAAAAUCUCAUUGCCAAUUCCAUCUUCACUUCAUAUGAUAUCCACUCCUCCAUUGCCCUUGUCUCUCCAUCAGGCAAUGAUUAUUCCUUUUACCUAGCUACCAAUGGUUCUCCACAGGGAUUCAAACCAUUCGUUAUCUCAGUAGUGAAUCAAAUAGCCGUGAAUUUGAAGCGCAUUUAUAGGUUGGGAGUGAAAAAAAUAGUUGUUGUUGGAUUAGGGCCUGUGGGAUGUUAUCCUCAACUUACAGCCCCAUCAUUCAACAAAUGCAAUGCAACUAUGAACUCAUUUGUUGAAUUUCACAACAUUUUAUUGAAGAAAGCUGUGGAGAAACUUAACAAUGAAACAAAGGGAUCUCCUAAUUUCUUCAUUCUUGAUAUGUAUGACACGGUUUUGUCCAUCAUCCAAAACAAAGGAAACCCUAAAGUUGGCGUAAGCUUUAAGACACCGUUGAAGCCUUGUUGUUUUGGAGUAAGUAGUGAAUUUUCAUGUGGGAGUGUGGAUGAACAUGGCAACAAAAUGUACACUUUGUGCAAACAUCCUAAUUUGGCCUUGUUUUGGGACUCCCUACAUCCUACUCAAAAGGGAUGGUUUGCAGCAUUUAGCUCUUUGAGAUCAAAUCUCAAACAUCUUUGAAUAAUUUUCAUAUUCCUUGUUUGUUUUAUGUUAAUUUCUUUUGAGUUUCUUUGCCAAUAAAAGUUGUUCAAGAUGUCAUAAUGUACCAAAUCAAUCUCCUUUAAUGUAUUUGAAAUUGAAA